AUGCCAAUAGUCACAACUAGGCCACGGGUGGGCGGUCGCGCAACCGCCCGGGAGACCGAGAGUCACAGUGGUGUUUCUGACGCAGGAUCCAUCCAGAGAGAGGAGCUCGUCGCGCGGCCUCUCAAGCAGCCUGCGCGCUCCCUUAGACGUCCGCCCAUGCGGGCACAAGUAUCCGGUUCUGGUUUUCGGGACGCCCAUUCUGCCACAUUACUGGAGGACCACCAGGCCUGUUUGGCUACGGUCGAAACACUGGAGCGGGAAAAUGAAGCAUUAAGGGGGGACAAGAAGACCCUGUUAGAGCGCCUUGAAGGCGCUGGAAGUGCAAUGCAGGAAUUGUUGAAUAACCAGCAUCGGUGCGAACAAGAGUUCUCUGAGCAGCAGGCGACUCGACAACUGGUGGAUGAAAUGCAGCAUACCGUUGCAGGUUGGCACCAGCGGCUUCGGAGCCCGGCUGGUGUAGCAGAACGUGUGGAUCCCGCUGCCCUGACGACUGCCCUACCGGCAACGACAGCGGUACCGGACAUGUGGCCUACUCAGGAGGAUGAAGGGGGUGCAUUUGGCAAUGAUCAUAAUAUGGUACCCGAGUCGGGUAACUUCGCGCAGCUUUUCCAGUUUUGGUUGCUCUGCCGUAGUAAUUGA